AUGACUCAAGACGAGUACAAUACUCGAGCGCCGCAUGAAGGCAUGUCGCCUGGUCGAUAUGCAGCCACGCGGCUCUCGUCGCUCAAACCUCCCAUGCACAACGUGCCGAAUCCCAUAAAACUGCUGCGCAUGCUCAACUCACAGCAAUGGGCAUUCUUUUUCAUUGCUUUUGCAGCUUGGACAUGGGAUGCCUAUGACUUUUUUAGCGUAUCAUUAACGGUGACAGAUCUCGCUGAGACCUUUGGCAAGUCUAAAAAGGAUAUCACAUGGGGAAUCACCCUAGUCCUCAUGUUUCGAUCUGUCGGAUCCAUCACCUUUGGUAUCGCAAGUGAUCGCUACGGACGAAAGUGGCCCUUUAUCAUCAACAAUCUCCUAUUUAUCGUGCUUGAGCUUGGAACUGGAUUUUGUCAAACCUAUAAACAGUUCUUAGCUUGCAGGGCAUUGUUUGGCGUCGCCAUGGGAGGUCUUUAUGGUAAUGUUGCUGCCACAGCCCUCGAAGACUGCCCAGAAGAAGCUAGAGGUUUAAUCUCAGGAAUGCUCCAGCAGGGAUAUGCCUUUGGAUAUCUUCUGUGUACCGCUUUUGCACGAGGCCUCGUCGAUACAACUUCUCAUGGUUGGCGUCCUCUCUUUUGGUUCGGGGCUUGCCCACCUGCUCUGUUCAUCAUCUGGCGUUUCAUGCUCCCCGAGACACAGGCCUACCAAGAGCGCCAGCGUUUGAGGCAAGAAGCCGGGGCAGACGGAAAGGGGAAAGUGUUCAUCAAAGAAGGAAAGGUUGCCCUCAAGCAUCACUGGAUACUGCUUGUCUAUCUCGUCCUUCUCAUGGCUGGCUUCAACUUUAUGAGCCACGGCAGCCAAGACUUGUAUCCCACAAUGCUGGAGAAUCAGCUCAACUUCUCCAAAAACAAAGUCACCGUUACUCAAGUCGUAGCGAAUCUGGGAGCCAUGACUGGCGGUUCUGUUGUUGGUUUCUUGAGCCAGUCUGUUGGUCGGCGAAUCAGCAUUAUUGUGUGCUGUAUCGUGGGAGGCGCCCUUCUUUACCCCUACACUUUCGUUCGCGACUCAUCCAUCAUUGCAGCUGCGUUCUUUCAACAAUUCUGCGUGCAAGGAGCCUGGGGUGUCAUUCCUAUUCACUUGAUGGAAUUAUCUCCUGGUGCAUUCCGAACUUUCGUCGUCGGCACCUCUUACCAGCUCGGCAACCUCGUGUCAUCAGCUUCUUCUACGAUUGAGGCCACUAUUGGCGAACGUUUCCCCCUUCCCGACAAUGCAGAAGGUGAGAGUCGAUAUGAUUACGGAAAGGUCAUCUGCAUAUUCAUGGCCUGUGUGUAUGUAUACGUGAUUGUGUUGACUUUCGUCGGUCCCGAGAACUUGAGGGGCAAGUUUGAUGUUGCUCACGACGCGGACACAAGGGAGGUUAUGGGUACCCGAGCAAUGGACCAGGCAGACCAGUAUCGGAGAUCGGGAGAUGAAGAGAACUUUAGGAAGGAUAGCACUGAGAAGCCUGAAGUUGCACACGUGCGGGAUUAG